AUGGCUCCCGACCACAAGGCCUGCCUGAUCGUGAUUGACGGCUGGGGUAUCCCCACCGAGGAAUCUCCCAAGAAUGGCGACGCCAUCGCCGCCGCCGAGACUCCCGUCAUGGACGAGCUCUCUAAGAGCGCGACCGGCUUUACCGAACUCGACGCUUCUUCGCUGGCCGUCGGCCUCCCCGAAGGCCUCAUGGGCAAUUCCGAAGUCGGGCAUCUCAACAUCGGCGCCGGCCGUGUCGUCUGGCAGGACGUCGUCCGUAUCGACCAGACCGUCAAGAAGGGCGAGCUCGGCAACAAUGAUGUGAUCAAGAAGGUUCUCGAUGCGGCCAAGAACGGAAAUGGGCGCCUUCACCUCUGUGGUCUGGUGUCCCACGGUGGUGUGCAUGCGAAGCAAACGCACCUGUAUGCCCUUCUCAGAGCUGCCAAGGAAGCCGGCGUCCCCAAGGUCUUCAUCCACUUCUUCGGCGACGGCCGUGACACUGACCCCAAGUCCGGCGCCGCUUACAUGGAGGAGCUGCUGUCCACCAUCAAGGAGAUCGGCAUUGGCCAGAUCGCCACCGUCGUCGGCCGGUACUACGCCAUGGACCGCGACAAGAGAUGGGAGCGGAACGAGCUGGCCCUGAAGGGCCUGGUUCUUGGCGAGGGCGAGAACAGCGACGACCCGGUGAAGACUGUCAAAGAGCGUUACGAAAAGGGAGAGACGGACGAGUUCCUCAAGCCCAUCAUCAUUGGCGGAGAUGAGGGCCGCAUCAAGGAUGGCGAUAACGUCUUCUUCUUCAACUACCGGUCUGACCGUGUCCGGCAAAUCACCCAGCUCUUGGGCGAUGUCGACAGGUCGCCCAGGCCCGACUUCCCCUACCCCAAGAUCAACCUGGUCACCAUGACCCAGUACAAGCUCGACUACCCGUUCGAGAUUGCCUUCAAGCCCCAGCACAUGGGCAACGUUCUCGCCGAGUGGCUCGGCAAGCAGAACGUGGAGCAAGUCCAUAUUGCUGAGACCGAGAAGUACGCUCACGUCACCUUCUUCUUCAACGGUGGCGUUGAGAAGGUAUUCCCGCUCGAGACGCGCGACGAGUCCCAGGAUCUGGUGCCAUCAAACAAGAGUGUUGCGACGUAUGACCUGGCGCCUGAGAUGAGUGCCGAUGGUGUUGCCGACCAGGUGUGCAAGCGCAUGUCGGAACAAAAGUUCCCCUUCGUCAUGAACAACUUUGCCCCCCCGGACAUGGUUGGUCACACCGGUGUCUACGAGGCUGCCAUCGUCGGUUGCGCGGCUACGGAUAAGGCUAUCGGCAAGAUCUACGAGGGCUGCAAGAAGGAUGGUUACAUCCUGUUCAUCACUGCCGACCACGGCAACGCCGAGGAGAUGAAGUUCCCUGAUGGCAAGCCCAAGACUUCGCACACUACCAACAAGGUCCCCUUCAUCAUGGCCAAUGCCCCGGAGGGCUGGAGCCUGAGGAAGGAGGAUGGUGUUCUGGGAGACGUCGCUCCUACCAUCCUUACGGCCAUGGGGCUGCCUGUGCCCGAGGAGAUGACGGGCUCGAACCUUCUCACUAGGGCAUAG